GGGUGCAUCUGGGAAGCCUGCUGCUCUGCGGCGGGGCUCUCCGCCUCCCCCCACCUGUAUGAGGCUGGACCUGAGGAGCCAGUGCUCGGCAUCCCACCUUCUGGUGCUUGGGCUUGGCCUUCCUUGCGAGUUCCCGCGCUGACAUUCAGCGGGCAGGUCAGGAGGCCGAGCGCGCCUACAGGAGCGCGCGGGGAGAGCCCGAGCGAGGGCUUUGGGCUCUGACAGCCGGGUCCCAGGGGUCCACCCGUUUCCUAGAAGCGUUUCUAGGCCCAGGGAAGCCUUUCUGCUGAGGAAGGGAAGCCAGAUUCGGGGGCGGGCGGCGAGAAAUCAGGCUAAGAAAUGGCAUUUCAAAAGGCAGUGAAAGGGACUAUUCUUGUUGGAGGUGGUGCUCUAGCAAGUGUCCUAGGCCUCUCUCAAUUUGCUCAUUACAGAAGGAAGCAAGUGAGCUUGGCCUAUGUCGAAGCAGCCGAGUACGUCACAGAACCUGUUAACAGGGAGCCUCCUUCCAGAGAAGCUCAGCUACUGACCUUGCAAAACAUGUCUGAAUUCGACAUCCUUGUCAUUGGAGGAGGAGCAACAGGGUGCGGCUGCGCACUGGAUGCCGUCACCAGAGGACUAAAAACAGCCCUUGUAGAAAGAGAUGAUUUCUCAUCAGGGACCAGCAGCAGAAGCACUAAAUUGAUCCAUGGUGGUGUGAGAUAUCUUCAGAAGGCUAUCAUGAAGUUGGAUAUUGAGCAGUAUAGAAUGGUAAAAGAAGCCCUUCACGAGCGUGCCAACCUACUAGAAAUUGCUCCCCAUUUAUCAGCUCCGUUGCCUAUAAUGCUUCCAAUUUACAAGUGGUGGCAGCUACCUUACUACUGGGUAGGAAUCAAGCUAUAUGAUCUGGUUGCAGGAAGUAAUUGCCUGAAGAGCAGUUAUGUCCUCAGCAAAUCGAGAGCCCUUGAACAUUUCCCAAUGCUCCAGAAGGACAAACUGGUAGGAGCAAUUGUCUACUAUGACGGACAACACAACGACGCUCGGAUGAACCUUGCCAUUGCCCUCACUGCUGCCAGGUAUGGGGCUGCCACAGCCAAUUACAUGGAGGUAGUGAGCUUGCUCAAGAAGACAGACCCCCACACGGGGAAGGAGCGAGUGAGCGGCGCACGGUGCAAGGACGUGCUCACAGGGCAGGAAUUUGAUGUGAGAGCCAAAUGUGUUAUCAAUGCUACGGGACCUUUCACAGACACCGUGCGCAAAAUGGAUGAUAAGAACGCCACGGCGAUCUGCCAGCCGAGCGCGGGUGUCCACAUCGUGAUGCCUGGUUAUUACAGCCCCGAGAGCAUGGGACUUCUUGACCCAGCAACCAGUGAUGGGCGAGUUAUCUUCUUCUUACCCUGGCAAAAGAUGACUAUAGCUGGCACUACUGACACGCCAACUGAUGUCACACACCAUCCCAUUCCUUCGGAAGAAGAUAUCAAUUUCAUUUUGAAUGAAGUGCGGAACUACCUGAGUUGUGACGUUGAAGUGAGAAGAGGGGACGUCCUGGCAGCGUGGAGUGGUAUCCGUCCCCUUGUGACAGAUCCCAAGUCUGCAGAUACUCAGUCCAUUUCCCGAAAUCAUGUCGUGGACAUCAGUGAGAGUGGCCUCAUCACUAUAGCAGGUGGAAAGUGGACAACGUAUCGAUCUAUGGCAGAAGAUACCAUAAAUGCUGCUAUCAAAGCUCACAAUUUUAAAGCCGGACCAAGCAGAACAGUUGGGCUUUUCCUUCAAGGGGGCAAAGAUUGGAGCCCCACGCUGUACAUUAGGCUUGUCCAGGAUUAUGGGCUUGAAAGUGAGGUGGCACAGCAUCUCGCCGCUACCUAUGGUGACAAGGCUUUUGAGGUGGCCAAGAUGGCAAGCGUAACUGGAAAAAGGUGGCCCAUCGUUGGUGUGCGUCUUGUGUCAGAAUUUCCAUACAUUGAAGCAGAGGUGAAAUAUGGGAUUAAGGAGUAUGCCUGUACAGCAGUGGAUAUGAUUUCACGGCGCACUCGCCUGGCAUUCUUAAAUGUCCAGGCGGCAGAGGAAGCCCUCCCCAGGAUCGUUGAACUGAUGGGCAGAGAACUGAAUUGGGAUGAUUACAAAAAAGAGGAGGAACUUGAAACAGCCAGGAAGUUUCUGUAUUAUGAAAUGGGCUAUAAAUCUCGAUCAGAACAGUUAACAGAUCGCUCUGAAAUUAGCCUCCUGCCUUCCGACAUCGACAGGUACAAGAAGAGAUUUCAUAAGUUUGAUGCAGACCAAAAGGGCUUUAUUACCAUUGUUGAUGUUCAGCGUGUAUUAGAGAGUAUCAACGUCCAAAUGGAUGAGAAUACACUACAUGAAAUUCUGAAUGAAGUAGACUUGAACAAAAAUGGACAGGUGGAACUCAAUGAGUUUUUGCAGCUGAUGAGUGCUAUUCAGAAAGGAAGGGUGUCCGGAAGCCGGCUCGCGAUCCUGAUGAAAACUGCAGAAGAGAACCUCGACAGAAGAGUCCCCAUUCCAGUGGACCGAAGCUGUGGAGGAUUGUGAGUCUGGGCAGUACAUCCACAGCCAACAGACACAGGAAGAACAAAUCAUCCUGUAACAACCAGAGAUGACUUAGACCACUCCAAAAUAGUGGCCAUAGGUAGCUGCCUUUGUUAACACUGGGGAACAUUCCAAAGCUUCAGGGCGUUGAUUUGUCUUCACCAUUCAGUCUAGCUUCUGAACAGCGUAUUUUAUCUUGUUUCUCACCGAUUUAAUGUUUUGCAUCCAUUUUGUAACCUGUUAGACUGGACUUACUCCCUUUUUGUUUGUCUCUUCAUUUAUUCUGGGUCAGUCUUAAGGCAUUUUGGCCAAAAUUGAAUAGAAGCUGGAAAAAUUUUGUGACUGUAGGUAGGAUUUGCUCCUAACAGAAAUUGAGCAGGGAGUGACCUAUAGAAAUGAUAGCAUUUCUGGAGACCACUCAGAUCCUUCUUCCCCGAGCUGGUCUUUCUUCCCCAUCCAAACAAUAUUGUGUAGUUUCAUAUCCAGGGUAUGACUGGCAAAACUGGAGAGGGAAGACAAAGUUUAGAUCUGGUUACAGGAGCGAGUCUCAAAGAGAAACUCUGAACGCUUCCAGAAUCACAGGUGUACGAUAAGGAUAGCAUUGACAUUUGCUGGAUUACACUGAUAGUUUCGUCUCAGCAAUUCAUUUUUUUCCCCCCAGUCACUGCUGGUUUUUCUUUGACUAUUAUAGUUGCCAGGAAGAUCCUUGCUUUUCAUAUUUUAAAACCAGCAUUUAAGUGGCAAGUUGGAUGUAAUGGGAUGAGACUAAACUUCUCAAAUCCUUACAGCAGGAAUAAAGUUAGAGAUUUAAAAUCUGUGUGUGUAUAUCCACACACGAUAGCACGAUUUUCAAUCCCCAAAUCCUAAACUGUGGAGCAUGUGCUGUUGUCAAACAUGGCCUAUUUGGCUUAGUUUAUUGCAUCAUUUUGGGGGAGUAAUUUCAAAUGGAGAGUAAAAGAGGAUCGAAGUAACCUUUAGUUAACUUUAAUUAUAAUUAUUUGUAAAAAGGAACAAUGCUUCAGUACUCAAGGUCAUUUGGGUUGCUUAAAGCCUUUCUCCUUCAUGGAAAAGUUCUCAACCACAGAGAAAAAUAAAAGAAAUAAAACCACGCACAACUCAUACCCACACACAGACCCCUCCUGCACCACACACACACACACACACACACACACACAAAUAAAUCUGCAUUGAAUUUAAAGGGCCAAUGUGGUAUGAUGCUUUUGCAACACUUCACUAGCAUUUUAACCAAUGAUCUGAAUUUUUACCCACUGUGCUUCCUUCUGUGAGGUUAACUAACUGUCUUUUUAUUUUCUAAGAUCAAGUUGUGUAUGUAAUAGGAGAUAGAACUCUAUAUUUAAUGGCAGGCUUUAAUUGCACAGACUUGAGAUCUUAGGUUUUUUUUUUUUUUAAACUGAUACAUAAAACACUUUGUGCUGUUAUUUCUAUUUAUGUGACCAUUGUAAUGUACCUUUCUGCCUCAUUCAAGUGGGGUAUGAGCCUGGAGGUCAUAAUGUUAACACUGGACGUUCACUCAACCUAAGCCCCCAUCCCACUUCAAAAUAUUCAUUUGUUUUUUUUUUUAAAUGAAGUUCAGACUUGCCACUUCCAUAAGGAAAACCUAAAACAGAGCCAAGGAUGCUCCCAGGUAUCACUGUGAACAUUUUUCUUUCAACGUGGGAGCAUUUUACACUGCCUUUAAAAAAAAACAAAAACAAAAAGAAAAAAACAUUAGAAGCAUGUGGCUUUGUAAUUUAGUGGGGUUUUUUUGUUUUUGUUUUUGUUUUUUAAUCAAGACAAUAAGUUCCACUGUUUAGAACCUGGUGACCCUUGAUAAAAAUGCUGUCCUUUAAAGCACCAUGGAUGACGUACCACAAUACAGUACAUUUGUGCUCUCUCUCUUUCUCUCUUUCUAGUUAGAUCAAGAUAGCGAGAACUUGUGCCCUCCCUGAACCCUGAACCCAUUACAGUAGGGACCGGCUUAAUAGGCUGACUGGCUUGUGCAGAACUCUGUGUGUACAACAGGCUGGUUUGUGCACGCUUUGCUCAGAGUAAGUUCCUUUAAGGACAAAGAAAAGCGCACUUUGCUUCCUUUGAGUGUCUCUGCUUUUGCUGAAAAUCUGCUAAUUCUAAAACAUACGCUCCUUCACCAAUCCCAGAGACUCGUCUUGGAAGUGAGCUGGUUCCAAGUCUUUACUGUGAAUAAAGCACCCCCGCAUUUUUGUGUGAGUUCUUAAUUAAACCUGUACAGCUUCUGUACCUGAUUUUAGAAAAGGGGAAAGGAAAUGGAGGGAUUAGCCCCUUCAAAACCUAUUCUAAGGACAAGGGAAUUUUUCUUUUCUUUUUGUAUGUAUGGGAUACUAGGUGAUUCUGUGGGGGUGGGGGUGGGGGGGUGCAGAGAUUGUCUUUAUCAUCAAGUGAUUUGUUUCAAGAGCCUUUAAGGGAAUUCAGGUGAAGGAACCCCCAUCUGUGGGGAAGAGAUGGAUUCUCCUUUAAAUAGCCCCAUACCACAGUCCUAACAAUAGUGACCAUGCUGGAUUGUUUGUUAAGCCAAGGCUGUCUGCCUCAUAACCCUCACGCUGUUUGCAAGAUUCUUGCUUUCAAUCAAUUUAUACCAAGUGCAACUUUAGGAUUUCUACUAUUAAAUGCACGCUCCCUAUUCUGCUUUAGUUUCUAGCUUCGUUUUAUCUUUUCCAAAAUAUGUGGCUUUGUGUCUUGUACAACAACACAAAUUUCAUUGUGACUUUGACUAAACAUACUGUAAGGAUGAUCACCGAUCUUACUUCCUUUUUUAUGUAUUGGUAAAGAUUUUUUGGCCUAUGAAUGUAAUAACAUUAAAGUCAGUGACGCUCUAACUUGCACUGUUUUGCAUUAUGUCCACCGUUUUCAGGGAAUAAAAAAGCCCUACUGUGUUUUUAAAGACUCAAGUACAAGCUGGUGCUGGAGUGGAUAGGCGCACUGCAUGCCUUUAAAUGUGGCCCUUUCGUGUAUGUGUUGGGUUAUUGUUCUAGAUGGGACUGUUAAAUACUGUGUUUGAGGCUGGGUUGUCAUUUUUAUAACUGUCUUGGUGUUUUAUCGCCAUUAUUUAUUACUUUUGAUAUACAGAAUGAGCUGCAUGCAUUUAUAGAGCAAUAAGAAGAUGUAUUUAAUGUGCCUUGUUUUUAACUGAAUAAGAACUGAAAGCACGAAUCAAUAAAACUGAUUAAAAUGG